AUGUACCGUUGCGUUCAUCGUAAACGUUCAGCACCACGUGGCAAGCGAUACAAAUCAUACGAUUGCAAGGCUCGGUUCUCGUUUAGCGCACAUGCACCGCCCAAUGCUUGUCCAUUCACUGCCGCCACGUACCGGACUCCGACGCAUCGCCAACCGCCAUGUUCACAGAACUUCCCUCUCACACCCGGAUGUGUGUUGUCCGCUGUAUCGCCAUGGGUACCACCGAGCACCGGUGAAUCAUCAUGUCACCUUGCCAGUUCAUACACGGAAGUCAACGAAACUGUUCUCAAUACCAAAGAUACACAACAUUAG